CGGAAGCUUAUUGUCAGGUGACUUGUUUGUUGAGUGUCUACUUUACGAAGCACCAUCACUUAAUUAGAGCAACAACCGGAGCCUUGUGCCGUGUCUCUCCCGUCCCCUCCGCCUCUCUCCCUUCUCUGCCAUGGACGAGACGAGCCCGUUGGUUUCCCCUCUCCGCGACUCCAACGAGUUUAACUACUGUCCCACCGAGCCAACCAGUCCCCGGAGCGGAUUUGGCGGAACGCCGGGUACCGUCGUUCGCAUCCCGGCGGGGAGCCCGGGACGGAGCCGCGAGCGACAGCCCCUGCUUGACCGAGACCGAGGCGGCUCUCCCAGGGACCCGCACCGCAACGAGUUCCCCGAGGAUCCCGAGUUCCGAGAAAUCAUUCGUAAAGCGGAGCGAGCCAUCGAGGAGGGCAUCUACCCGGAAAGAAUAUAUCAGGGCUCCAGCGGGAGCUACUUCGUUAAAGACUCUCAGGGGAAGAUCAUCGGCGUGUUCAAGCCAAAAAACGAGGAGCCGUAUGGACAGCUGAACCCCAAAUGGACCAAAUGGCUGCAGAAACUCUGCUGUCCUUGCUGCUUUGGCCGAGACUGUCUGGUGCUGAACCAGGGCUACCUGUCUGAGGCAGGGGCCAGCCUAGUGGACCAGAAACUAGAGCUCAACAUAGUACCACGCACCAAGGUGGUGUACCUGGCGAGUGAGACCUUUAACUACAGUGCCAUAGACAGGGUGAAGUCUCGAGGGAAGAGGCUUGCUCUAGAGAAAGUUCCUAAGGUCGGCCAGCGCUUUCACAGAAUCGGCCUACCGCCAAAGGUUGGCUCCUUCCAGCUUUUUGUGGACGGAUACAAGGAUGCCGAUUUCUGGCUGCGGCGCUUCGAGGCAGAGCCGUUACCGGAGAACACCAACCGGCAGCUCCAGCUGCACUUCGAGAGGCUGGUGGUGCUGGAUUACAUCAUCCGGAACACAGACCGAGGGAAUGACAACUGGCUGGUAAAAUAUGACUGUCCCAUGGACAACAGGGAUGCUGACUGGGUAAUGGUCAAGGAUCCCAUUAUUAAACUAGCAGCCAUUGAUAAUGGCCUGGCCUUCCCGCUCAAGCACCCAGACUCCUGGAGAGCCUAUCCGUUCUACUGGGCGUGGCUGGCACAGGCCAAGGUGCCGUUCUCCCAGGAGAUCCGGGAGCUGGUGCUGCCCAAACUGGCGGACCCCAACUUCGUCAAGGACCUGGAGGAGGACCUCUACGAGCUCUUUAAGAAAGAUCCAGGUUUUGACAGAGGGCAGUUCCAGAAGCAAAUCUCAGUAAUGAGGGGGCAGAUCCUGAACUUGGUCCAGGCACUAAAGGAAAACAAGACACCCCUGCAGCUGGUUCAGAUGCCCCCAGUUGCUGUGGAGUCAGCACGAGCCCCCCAGCGCGCCAACACCGAGUCCUAUACGCAGAGUUUCCAGAGCCGGCGACCGUUCUUCACCAGGUGGUGAAGUGGGUGGGGCCUCUGUCUUCUGCUCACAGUGGCCCACUGGACCGGAAGGAAAGUGUUCCAGGAGAAAGCGCACUGGAAUAAUGGAGAGGCCACGGAAGAUGGGUGAUUGCAUCUGAACAGACAGUUGGGCAGAGGAAAUGUUUUUGUUUUAGCUUCUUUUCUUCUGAAUCAAGUGAUUCCUCCUCUUCAAGGACUAACCCCUUGAUAAAGGUUCUAUGAACUGCCAUUUGCACACGCACACAGCAGCGACCUGUUUAGAGAGUCGCUCUACUGUACUCAGACCUGUGAUGGACAUGCAUGCGAUUUCCAUGCAGCACUGCUUGCUCCUCCCCAGGCACUGCGUCGCCCUCUAGGUGCGCUGAGUAGGAAGUGCAAGUCUCCAGAGGUAAACCACUGCAUGUCUGUGAUUUGUCCCAUCUGUCUCUGUUCAGAUACACUAAGGCUGCGACUGCAGGAGUGGCCGGCUCACGGUCACGGGCAUCUGCAGGGCCCCUCUUGCACUCUCUCUCUCUCUGGCCAUUAAAACUGGGCUCCUCCUUCCCCCUCCUCUGUUCACUUGUCCUAUGAAUUCUCAGUCUCAUGUUUUUGUUUUAUUUUGUCACCCCUCCCCCCCCAUUUAUUGAAUGCACAUUUAACUGCUGUCUCGGUUCAGAGUCAGUUGCUAAACUACACUGAGCAUGUGCAGAAACACUGGAAUGGGAUGUGAUGGGAAUUUUAAUCCAGUCAUUACCCACCUUGCUGCGUUGGAACAUCUGUUUUGUCAUUGUUUAUUUUUGGAAAUUAAUUUUUUUUUUUUUUUUUUUUUUUAAACAAUGUAUUUACAGGUGUCAACAAAACUGACUAACAUGUCUUGUGGCAAUGCACUCUGUAAUUUCUAUGUAAUGUAUUUACAGAUAAAAAGCUAUAAUAGCAACAUAUUCAAUUCAAA